AGUACAUGUAAAAUAAGAUUAAUGCUCCUAUUGUGUACCCAUUCAUACUUUCAUGCAGUGUUUUCAGUGUUAAUUAAUUCACUCACUUUAUUAGAUACAGGGGAGAAGAGAUUAACUUCAGAACAGUUAAUACAAAACCAAGCACCACAAACAUGAGAAAAACAAGCAGGUAUCUCUUGGUGUGUUCAAACUUAAAGUUUCCCCUGUUACAAUGACCAAGAUUAUAUUAAUCAGAGUGACUUGAGGAUCAAGUCAUGGCCUGGGAAAUGGUUACAAUUAAGCAAAUCAACAUAUAGUAAGCACUGGUAAUAGAUAAAAAUAGGUAUAGGAAACUCAAGUCCCCUUAUUUUAAAUAUUCCUCCUCAAGGCACAAUCCCUGAGUAUAAUUCAGCUACAGGAGAACACUGUUUGAUAAUGGCACUCUGAGCUCUUCCUCCAAUAGAACUAUAAUCUAGCUUCCACCCUCGACCUCUGCUAUUCUCUCAUCACCUCACAACUGCACUUGUAAUAAUCUGAGAAAUAUGAUAUUGCAGUCCUUAGUGCCAGGCUACAAAAUAGGGAUGCUGGCUAAUUCACAACAGGAAUCCCUUUCAGCCUGACCAUUAGCUAUUUUUAACACUUAAGAAACACUGAAAAGCUCACUGGUUUUCCUGCACUGAGCAAUCUGAAAUACUCAGUGGGGCUGAGCCAUUCACUGGCACAGCCUGGCAGGUUCCAGUGAAUGGAAAGAUGAAAGUGGGUAAGUUUAUUUGGUUUUUUGCAAAUUGUCCAGGCUCCUAUAGUUUAAAAUGGACAAUUCUAAUAGACCAAGGGAAAAAGCCCUUCAGAAUAAAGUGAUAAAGAAUAUUUACCUCCUCCUCAGUAUCUGAAAUGUUUUCUUGUUCAGCUAAGUGUUCUCCACAUGGCAUCCAGUUGUAGCAUUCCGGGAGGUCCCAUCAUACAAACAGAUGUGCAUUUCUGGUUUUAUAGACUUCAAAGUUCAUUGGUUUAAAAAAAAGCUUCUACAGCUGAAGGUCUUCAAGGCAAGCAGAAGCAGCAGCAUCAGGACUUCUGGGUGCAUAAGGAAUCCUCAAAACCACAUAAUAUAGGCAUAAUUUGUUGCUACUCUUUCUUCUCUUUACAGCUUCCAUUGACAAAUAUCCUGUUCUUUGUUUAAACUCAAUGAUCUGUGUCCCAAUUGCCCCUGAAACAUUCAAUAGGUUUAUAUACCAACAGAAUAUGGACAAUCUUUUUAACAAGAACAGUGGUAACAUUUUCCACCUUGGUUUAUGUAAAAGAGAUCACCAUGCCAAGGACAGGCAGAAAUAAGUAACACAGAAUGACAGCAUCUCCUCUGUCACAUAUUGCAAGAGCUCCACAAUCUGUUGUGUGUUUGCAAAAUCCUUGAAUUAUAAGGAUAUAUCAUGCAGAAACUGUAUGUCAUGGUUGGAUACUGUAAUUACAAUUGAAAAUUACUGUUAUCAGCCAGUAAUGUUGUCAUGUCUACCUGAGGGGUGGGAAUAAAGGAAAACUGUAAUAACAAAUGAAAUGCAUGGAAAUUGUAUCAACACACUGUCAGUACAAUGCCAAAAAAUGCUCACCAUUCUUUAAAUACUCCUGUGAUGGGUGCAAAACCAGCACAACUCUUUAUUAAGAGUAUAACCCCCAAAAAUCUUUAGAAGCUGAAGUUGUCUUUUUACAUUAAUGUUCACAUGAAAUUGUCUUACAGUAAAUGUUUUUACAUGGACUCGGAAUUCUUACUCCUUUUUAGCCACACAAAGUGGUCCGGAUCCAUCAGAGCUUUGUUAAUGCCCUGCAGGGAGGGGCCGUGGAGCUCUGGGCGCAGGUCAGAUCUGAAAUAAAAGGCAAGAGUUAACAGAGGUGCUUGCAGGGAGGAGGGUCCCUCUGCAGGAACUCUGUCCUGCAGCUGGUCAGGAGCCUGGAGAGCUUGGCCAGCAGUGCCCACGAGGGAAAACAGGGGACAAGGUCCUGUGCAGCAUUGUCUUGGGACACUGCCCAGUCUGGGGACAGCCCCACCAGGCUCUGUUUAGCUCAGGCUUGAUGGGAGUCUAUGGGCACAGGCAGCUGCCCCUGGCAAGCUUCCACUGAGACAACAACGUUACAUCCUCCAAGGCAUCACUCGCACGAGACACUCCUGCAUCGAGUCCACAUGUGCACAUCAGGCUACUCCCUGAUUUAGCCACUCAAAGUAGAUUCAUUCACAUUAUUUCAGACCAGAAAAGACAAUUUAGUCAUUAAGGGUCCUGGAGAACCGUUUUAAGCGAUUCCAGCCAAGCCAGGGACUGUGUUUUAGGAAAUCACCCAAGAGGUGGGAGCAGAACCUCAGAGCAGGGCUGGUAUCACGGGAUGGAGGCAGGUGAAAAAGGGGAACCACAACCUUGCCCAGAGCACUCAUCAGAAGCAGCAGGGCAGUUGAUGAUAGAGCAGGGAUUUUGAACAUGACACAGCACCCGGGGCUAUUCUUUAUCAAAUAUGUGAAUCACAAGCUCAGAGGGGCAAGCCCUGAGAUCCCCCAGAUUACGUGGGAACACUGCUCCUGCUCAUAGUUGAGCAAUAAACAUGGCAAGGUAAAAUGGAGGUACUACCAGUAUUUGCACAUCAAGAUACCCAGCAAGCCAAAGCCAGAACUGAAAAUGUACUUAAGUCUUGAUGCUCUGCCACAGAACCAGCUGAAGCUUCAGAACACCCUGCGAGGCUUGGGAAUGUUCACAAGAAGCCAGUGGUCACCUCUUUCUGCUGGGGGUGGCACAAAGGCCAGUGCAGCUGCCAGUGUGGCUCUCUCUCAGCCCAAAGCCCUUGGCAGGGCAGGACACUGGCUGUACCUCACCACUGCCAGAGCUCCCAGCAGGUUCUGUGAUAUUCCAACAGCAGCACCUUGUCCUGAGCCAUGGGCAACCAAGCACAGCUCUUCCUUUUGGGUACUCCACCUCCUUCCUUCUCCAAAAAUAAUGGGGCCAGAACUAAGCCAUGCUUCUCCAUCCCCAUCUUCCUAGUUUUUUCCCAUACUCACUUUUCCAUGCUGCAGAUUUUUUAUCCCUUCAUUUUCUUCUCCUUCUGUCUCCUGCUUCCCUCCCUUUCCCCCUCCCCCUGCUUUCUCUCCCUCUGCACUUUGUGAACUGCUGCGGCAGUGCUGAAGUCCAAAGUUCAGUAACUUGCUAAAGCACACAGAUAAAUAUGAACCUUGGAGAAUUUACAUUUGCUCCAAUGUAAACAGAUAGCCAAGGGUCCCUUUAUCAGCACUGGCUCAGGACAGUCGUGGGGGGUCUGAAGUGGCUCAAUUUUGUAUUUUGUUUUUUUUGGGGGGUGUAAAGGCGGGAGGCCGUGCUGUGCCCACUCUCCUGACAGUCGGGCGCGUUACCUCAGGAACAUGGUGUAGGGAGGCUGGAAGCAGGAUAACCUGGAAUUCAAACCCAAGAGACACCAGGCUGAAGACCAUGGUCUCGAAGCUGACUCAUCUGCAAGUGGAGCUGCUGGAAGCGCUGCUGGAGUCGGGGCUGAGCAAGGAGACCUUGAUCAAGGCACUGAGCGAAGCGGAACCCUACGGGCUCCAGAGCGAGAGCCAGCGCGCCAUCAAUGCCCUCCAGACUGAGAAAGGGGAGCCCUGUCCCGACAUCCCCAACCUCCCCAACGGCAUCGGGGAGGCCAGGGCAUCAGAAGAUGAAACCUCCGAUGACGGAGAGGAAUUUACCCCUCCAAUAAUGAAGGAGCUGGAAAACUUGAGCCCUGAGGAGGCUGCUCACCAGAAGGCUGUGGUGGAAAGACUCUUACAAGAGGAUCCCUGGCGAGUAGCAAAGAUGGUGAAGUCCUACCUCCAGCAGCACAACAUCCCUCAGCGUGAGGUGGUGGACACCACUGGUCUGAACCAAUCCCACCUCUCCCAACACCUCAACAAGGGCACUCCCAUGAAGACCCAAAAACGGGCAGCCCUGUACACCUGGUACGUCCGGAAGCAGCGAGAGGUGGCCCAGCGUAAGUACAGCAACAACUGCUCUCCUGUCCCACUUUCACAAAGGCUUCUGCUCCCCCUGGCUCCUCCUUACUCCUUAUGGCUCUCAAGGAAAUGUUCCCUUGCCCAUGUGCUUGCAGAAUUCACACAUGCUGGCCAGGGUAUACUGACAGAUGAGCCCAUGGGAGAUGACCUGCCCACCAAGAAGGGAAGAAGAAACCGCUUCAAGUGGGGUCCGGCCUCACAACAGAUCCUCUUCCAAGCCUACGAGAGGCAGAAAAACCCCAGCAAAGAAGAGAGGGAGGCACUGGUGGAAGAGUGCAACAGGGCAGAGUGUAUUCAGAGAGGUGUUUCCCCAUCCCAGGCCCAGGGACUGGGCUCAAACCUGGUGACAGAGGUCAGAGUUUACAACUGGUUUGCCAACCGCAGGAAGGAGGAGGCUUUCCGGCACAAGCUGGCCAUGGACACCUUCAGCGGGCCCCAGCCCACCUCUGCCCCUCCUCUAACUCCCCACAGCUCCUCCUCCCUCCAGCCACCACCUGCUCUCUCACCCAGCAAAGUUCACGGGGUGAGGUACAACCAGCAGCCAGCCAGCGAGGCAGAGUCCUCCAGCAGCAACCACCACGGGAACAGCUCCAUGGUGACCACCCAAACCAUCCUGCACCAGGUUUCUCCCCCUGGGCUGGAGCCCAGCCAGAACCUGCUGAGCACAGACACCAAGCUGGUAUCAGCCUCCGGAGGAACCCUCCCUCCUGUCAGCACCCUGACUGCCCUGCACAGCCUGGAGCAGAGCCCACACACGCUGAGCCAGCAGACCCAGAACCUGAUCAUGGCCUCGCUGCCGGGGGUGAUGGCCAUCGGCGCCGGCGAGAGCCCGUCCCUGGCGCCCGCCUUCCCCAACCCCGGAGCCUCCACGCUGGUGAUCGGCCUGGCCUCAACCCAGCCCCAGAGUGUUCCUGUAAUAAACAGCAUGGGGAGCAGCCUCACCACCCUGCAGCCUGUCCAGUUCUCCCAGCAGCUGCACCCAUCCUACCAGCAGCCCCUCAUGCAGCAAGUCCAGAGCCACAUCAACCAGAGCCCCUUCAUGGCUACCAUGGCUCAGAUACAGAACCCUCACGCUCUCUAUGGCCCCAAAUCUGAAGUGACUCAAUACACACACACAGGCCUCUUACCACAAACCAUGGUGAUAACAGACACAGCCAACCUCAGCGCCCUGACCAACCUGACACCAACUAAACAGGCAUUCACACCUGACUCAGAGACUCACACCGAGUCUGGGAUGCACACACCAGUGUCACAGGCACCAACAAUCCAUCUACAGAACCAAGACACGACCAUCCAGCACCUUCAGCCAGCCCCACGCCUCACCUCCAGCCCUGCUGUGUCCUCCAGCAGCCUGGUGCUGUACCAAAGCUCCGACUCCACCAGCAGCCACAGCCAGCUGCUGCCAUCCUCUCACAACGUCAUCGAGACCUUCAUCUCCACACAGAUGGCAUCUUCCACCCAGUAACCACCACAGGCAGCUCCUGAGGGACUGCCAGGUGCAGCUCCAGCCAGGAGCCACCACAGCCUCACACAAACCCUACUCAGCUGCCUCCAGGAGAGAAAACGUCUCAGGCUCGAGACAGAAAACAUGGAAAGAUGAUGCUGGCACUGCUAAAAUCCACUGUCCCCCAAAAAAACCAGCAAAGCUGAGCCCUAGGAGCAGAAUGACCAGAUAUCCUUUUGUGGCUGCCCAAGAAGGAAUCCCAACAGUGCCAGGACGUGGAUGGGACCUUCAUUCAGCUCAGCUCUCAUCAGGCUGGGACUGUACAAACCUGCCAACACCAGACUAAAUCAUGUGGGAAAGAGCAAAGCUGAGCUGCCAAAGAAGGGACACCACCUUUAAACACUCUCCUUUGCUGCAAGGAAGCACCAACAGGAACUAUGAGAAAUAACAGCACCUUGGAAGUUCCUGACUUUGCAAGGAGAAUAACCAAGAAACAGAUUUGGGAAUGGCUCGGCACAAACCUGUCAGUAUGGGAUCACUGACAAGCUACAAAUCCAUCAUUAACUAAAAAAAUACCAAACAUUCUCAGUUAAAAAUGACCUGCUCCAAAAUCAUGCUAUCCUAAUGGAAAUGGCUUGGUUGUUUUUGAUAUAGCUCUGCUUUGUUUUAAAUGCAGAAAUUAAAGUUUAACAGCUGCACGGAGAUUCCAGUUCUCUGCAUUAAGCCUGUGGAUUCUCAUCUUGUCUGACUUGCUGAAUGAUUUGCAGGAGGGCACUCCCCAGUGGCCCCUGACACUGCCCAGCACCUGGGAGGUUCCCAUGCUCCAUAGAGAGUAAAGGUUCCUUCAGUUUUCUCUAGAAACACUCAGCCUGGAUUCAUUUUACAGAACAUGGCUCAUUCUCAGCUUCCAUGUAGGUUUGAUUUGUAGUUCUUGGUAUGCAAAUAACUACCCUGGGCUCUGAGAGUCUUGCUUGCACCAAGUGAGGGGUUUGAGUCCCAAAGAUCCACUUAUGUCCUUCCUCUUCUAAUUAUUCCUCUCUGUUUACUCUCAACAUCCACAUCACUGAUGCGUCAUUAGCCAGACGUGAAAACAGCCCCAACAAACAGGGAUUUGUCUGUGACUGAAACUGAGCUGCUCUUUCAACUGUGAAAUCCAUGAAAAACCUUGGGACUGGAAGGGAGGAUUGAAAAGCCCAGCAGUGAACUCCUCAGUUAUCGUAUCUGGGAAUGUCAAAAUUGCAGAUGUCCGUGAAAAGUUUCAUUGAUAAGAGCUUCCUUUAGCUACCACCAACAAUUUCAGUAACUAGAUUGUCUGAGGAAUUUUAUCCUAGAAUUGUUUCCUAAUUUUCCAUGUGCAUCAGUUGCAAAUAUAUCUAUUUUCCAGUUAGCAUAAAAAUAAACCCAAAACAAAGCAAAAGGAAACAUCUAGGCCACCAUGCAUUUGAAAGCCCAGGUUUAAAAUCCAGUACACUGAAGUUUUAACUGCACAUAAGACAAGUAACUUCUGCUGGCACAUUCUGUUAGAUUACAAGCCAAGUUUCUACUUAGCUUUUCUAUUUUUGGAUGUCAGCUGUUGUUUUCUUGACUAAAAACCAGUAAGAAUCUUACAGUAAUUUCCCAUGCUCAAAGAACUACACUUCACUCUUCUGGUUUCUCUAAUCUGGCUUUCUGAUCUUCUGAAUUGGGCCAAUAAAUUGGAUUUACUGAGACCCAGGAAUCUUAAAAACAGAAGUAUUUAUGAGUAACAGUUAAUUUCCUGAAAGACUGAAAGUGAAGAAUAAGCAGACAGAGUCAUACUGAAAACUAUCAAACCUCACAGUAUUUCAGAGAGACAAAAGUCAUUAACCUCCCCAAACAAGGACUGAAAG